AUGGAGGAGGUGGCACGGUCCAAGGGCAUCGACCGCAUGCUGCGCGACGAGGAGGACAGGUUGGCGCGCGAGGCCAAGAUCCUGCUGCUAGGUCCCGGGUCGAGCGGCAAGUCAACAAUCCUCAAGCAGAUGAAGAUCCUGCACCUGUCCGGUUUCACGCCCGCCGAGCUCGAGGAAUACCGCCAGCAGAUCUUCGUCAACGUGCGCGAGGCGAUGCGGGCGUGCUGGGCGCUUCUCGAGCUCGAGGGGUUCGAGCUGGCGCAGCCGGCGCUCUUGGACUUUCGAGAAGGCAUCGUCUACGCCGAGGACCUGCGCGAGCGUCAGCCCUUUCCGCCGCACCUGCUCGUGCCGAUCAAGACGCUGUGGGCCGACCGAGGGCUGCAGCAGGUGCUCAAGAAGGAGGGCUCGGACCUGUUGAUACCAGAAUACACGCACUACUUCUGCUCCCACCUCGACCGCCUCUUCCAGCCGACAUACAUCCCGACAGAGCAGGACGUCUUGCGUUGCCGACAAAAGACGACCGGCAUCAGCGAGACGACGUUUGCCGACCGAGGAAUGCAGUACCGCAUCUUUGACGUCGGCGGGCAGCGGAGCGAGCGCAAGAAGUGGAUCCACUGCUUCGAGAACGUGACGGCACUACUGUUCCUCGCGUCUCUGGCCGGCUACGACCAAUUCCUCGUCGAGGACCGCGACUCGAACCAGAUGCAGGAGGCCCUCAUGCUGUUCGACUCGAUCUGCAACUCGCAGUGGUUCGUCAAGACGUCGACGAUCCUGUUCCUCAACAAGCUCGACGUCUUCCAGGAGCGGAUACGCCACUCGCCGAUCCAGGCGCACUUUCCCGACUACGAGGGCAAAGUCGGGAGCGUCGUCGAGGGCCAAGAGUACUUCAAGCGGCGCUUCGUUUCCCUCAACCGCUCGCGCCGCAAAGAGAUCUACACGCACUACACGACGGCUAUCGACACGUCGCUCGUCAAGGUCGUGAUGACGAGCGUGUACGACAUCAUCCUGAACCGCAACCUGCAGAACUUUAUCCUGUGA